AUGGGUAAACUAUAUCUGGGUUUGGGAGUUCUUCUCUCUAUGUUGUGUAUCAGCUAUGCUGGGCUACUCAGGCCAGAAGAGGACGGGUAUCUUCAUCACCUGGUUCGGCGGCAGGAGGCGGAAGAUAUUACUGUGGAUUCCAAGCAUUUCCGACCCAACCGCCCUUACGGUGGUUUUAACAGCGGGUAUUACAACGGAUUUGGAGGAUACAACAAUGGAUUUGGCGGUUACAACAACGGAUAUGGCGGAUACAACAACAACUUUGGAUACAAUGGAUAUAACAACGGAUAUGGAUACAAUGGAUAUAACAACGGAUAUGGAUACAAUGGAUAUAACAACGGAUAUGGAUACAAUGGAUAUAACAACGGAUAUGGAUACAAUGGCUUUAACAACGGAUAUGGUAGACCAUUUGGAUUCAGAAGUGCUAAUGAAGAUGGAGCUAAUAAUUUGGAGAAAAGCUAA